AUAAAUCAGUCUGAUUUGUUAUUCAUUCAGAGCAACGACUUAUAGUGAUCGGUGUGAACCAUGACCCUCAAAGCUCCCAAUUACCUUCAAGGCUACACAUGGAUCCCGCUAGACGAGUCCCCAAAGAUGGACGAAGUCCUCGAACUAUUCACCGCAGUCAAGGCCAACAACCUGAAGAAAAUCGAAGACGUGAUAUCCAGAAACAAGGAAAUCGUGCGAUAUAGAUAUUACGGCUGCGACAAUCAGAACAUCUUCAUGAUAGCUUGCAAAGACCAAGACGGAAUGAGUGGCGUCAAAAAAGAGACGCUCAGAAUUCUUAUGGACGCACUAGGCGAAGAUUUUAAAAGACCGUCGACGAACGACCACUGGGACCCUCUCCACUACACCGCCCUCAACGCCAACAAAGAGAAAAUGGAAGCCAUCAUCGAGCGUCUAAAUUUACAAGAAGUCAACUCGCUCGUCUAUUGUUCAAAGGACGUUCUAGAAAAGUAUAACGUCUGUUCUGAACAGAUUGGAGACACGUAUUCGAACAACGCGUUGAACGUGCUCUUGAAGUACGGGAAGCGCGGCGACUGUGACCAAUUUAAAGCUUGCUUCGAGCUACUGGUCAAAAACGGGGUUUCAGUGAAUCAACAAGACUCGGAACAGAGAAGUCCGAUAUCCUUCAUCAACAAAGACGACGAACUGAAGACAAUCUUCAAUAAAGUGGGGACGGAAAGCAAUAGUGUCACCAAUGGUUUCAAGUUUGGUCGAAUGAAUAGCAUCACAGAAUUGGUGAGGAGCACACUCGUCCAAACCCAAGACCAAGCCAAUGGGUUAGACGGAAGCGACGAAAAAUCCUCCAGUUGCACACUUCUUCAGUUGUACUGCGCCAAAGGACUUCUUGAUUGCGUGGAAUACAUUCUAGACAAGGGGGCUUUUCCGGAGCGAGUGAUCUCGAAAAACCCAACACCUCCGAUAAUGAUAGCGAUCUUGGAAGACCACGAAAGCAUCGUCAAGCUGCUUCUCAACAGAAAUGUCAUUUUACCUGACGAAAUAUUGCUGACACUUCUCCAACUCUACAGCCAAAGAGACGUCGGCACUAUUACUAAGUACGUGAAGAUGAUAUGCAACCACUUGCGACGAAAGGAGAAGGAGCGUCUUCAAUUUUACGUCACAACGACAGACGAAUUUGAUCGAACUCCUCUUCACUAUGCGGUGCAUUAUGGGUGUCCUGAUAUCUCUCUAACCUUACUUUCUUUGGGUGCCUCCCUUAUUGAUAAAGACAAGUUCGGGAAUGCUCCUCUUCGAUUCAUCAAAGCAACGGUUUUGGAAAAAUUCUUAGACAAUAGUAUUACAAUGGAUGAUUGUCAAAAAAACGACGAAACCAACUUUUCGCUAAAAAUCGACUACAAGUCGUUGGUUACGAAUAAUGAAGAUUCGCCAGAGUGUGAGUUCUUGGCGUACUUGACUCAAGAAACGCGACUAAAUCACUUGAUCAUUCACCCUCUUGUGCUAACUUUUCUAGCACUGAAGUGGCAGAACAUAAAGAAGAUCGUGUACCUAGAUUUGGUUCUUUAUCUCAUCUCUUGUGUAUGUUUAGUGGUGUACGGAGCCUUCUUUGCCAACAUGAUCAAAACACCAAAUCUAAUACUACUGAUUCCUUUCGGGAUCUUGUUGUUUCGUACCACGGUCCAACUGACCAUUUUCAAAAUCGACUAUUUGAAAAGUCUGAACAACAUCAUCGACUUGUUUCUCAUUGGAGGAAUUAUGUAUAUUAUAGCAGCCGGAUGGUUCCCCUAUCUUGACAAUCGCAACGUCUUGGUCGCCUACUCCGUAAUCUUACUCACUUCCAUCCUAGGUAUAUUCCAACACAUGCGCCACUUCUCCUUCUUCACCAUCAAAGUCAUCAUGUUCGAAGAAAUCACGAUCAGCUUCUUCCACUACAUCGCCUUCUACAUGUUUCCAAUUCUAGCCUUCGCCUUCUGCUUCUACAUGUUGUCCGAAAACAAAAAGUGCAUGUUUUUUGAAACCAUUUACUCCACCAUGGUCAUGUUUGCCGGAGAUACCGAAAAGAGUUUCCCCUCGGACAGAUUCAUAACCAAUCCCAUCUUCGGUCACUUCAUCUACGUCGUCUUCGUAGUCUUAAUCGUCAUUAUUCUGCACAACAUUCUGAUCGGUUUAGCCGUGAGUGAUCUCCAACAAGUCCAAAAGCAGGCGGAGUUUAUUGACAAGAAGGAGAGGUCGAAGUUUGUCACGAAGAUCGAACGCGUGUGCUACAUGAAGUCGAAACGUUCUGAGUUUAGAAAAUUGAAGAAGAUGGCUCGUGUUUUCAAGGAGAGUCGUGUUUUGGGGGUUCAGAGUGACAAAGGAAGGUACGUUCACGUGGACGAAAUUGAAGAAGGUGAGAAGAAAUGUCGUGGUGGAAGGGGCCAUCGGGUUCUUCGUGACGGACAAGUGUUAAAUACGUUGCAGGAGGUUUCAAGGAACAUGUACAUGAGGGACAGGGAGGUCGAAAAUCCUUACACUAUUAGAAGUCUGCAUGAAAGAAUCGCGAGGAUGGAAGCUUUGGUUUUGAAGGGGAUGAAAAUUUCGAAGAAGAAGGUGUUUGAAAGUAGAACGACACUUAAGUAGUUGUAAAGUUUGAGAAUAAAUAAGCAAAUUUCCAGUGA